AUGGCGUUGACGAUGAUGAAGUUCGAUCCGGGGAUGACAACCAAUUGCGAGAGCGCGAAUUGCAUCGAUAUGGAGUAUAGCGAUCUCGACGGGGAGGAUAUCGAAACCGUGCUCGACAGUCAUAAUUUUUAUCGGGUCACUAUAGCGAGCGGCAAGGAGAGCCGCGGAAAUCCCGGGCCGCAGCCUGCCGCAAGGACCAUGAUGGAAUUGAUCUGGGACGACGAACUCGCCGUUAUAGCGCGUAGAUGGGUGUUGCAGUGCAAGCUCUUCGAGAAGGAUCAGUGCCGAGACAUUGAACGAUUUGGAGUAUGGCAGAACGUGAACGUACUCGAUAUGGACAGCGUGGAAAAUGGUACGAAGGACGAGGUAGAGGACUUCGACAACGCGGAAAUCGGACUAGUGAACUACUCUAGCGCGGCGUGGAAACCCUCCUCCUCUUACAUUUCCCUCGCAUCGGCGACGUUCAUUUACGUUGGUUGCGGCCGCGCGAUUUACACGCUCGACUUGAACAAGACCGCGGCGACGCCCGGCGGGUUUGGGAAUCGAGUCGAGGUACUCGUGUGUAAUUACGGACCUGUCGAUCGCACCGCGCCCCAGCAGCUCUACAAGCUCGGCCGACCAGGUCUAUGCCCAUCCGGAACCUUUCCCAGCGAUCGUUAUCAAUUCCUCUGUAUGAGAAUGACUUCUGAUCCUAUAGAAUUUAUUACUUUGACACAAACAUUUUUCAAUGAAUUUUUAUCACAAAUUUCUACUGCGACAGAACUCUGUCUUGCAAAUCAUUUCAAGAGUUAUGUAUCUUUGGUUUUCACGAAGAUGGAAAAGGUGUCUGAUAGAGAAACAGAGGCUAAAGUGUGGAAAAAUAUCAAGGAGCCAGUGCGACGAGAUAAAGAAGCUCGAACAGUGGAAAGGAAUUCCAGCGUCAGCCGGAGUGAAAGGAAGAAGACUAUUACUAUUGAUAGUGAUGAUCGGAGUAAUACAAGUGAAUGUGACAUAGACGAGCAAAAAGAUGAAAGCGAAGGACAAAAAAGCAAAAGAUGCAUGGAGAAAGAAAAGACAUGUGCCAGCACUGCUUUUUGA